GGGCUCAGUCAGGUGAUCAUCGGUAGCUAGCUUAACGCACCGACACAGACAAUGACAUUCACAAAGCGCUGUACGUGGAAAACAGGGCUCGGUCGCUGCUUUAUUGGAGCCAAAAUGGCUGUUUAAAUAUUCAGCAAGCUUCAGGAAUAUAUGGGUUUGUAAAGUAAGUUGUUUUAAAGCGAGAGUCAGUGGAGGAAGCCCCUCUGGUAGUCUGUGGGAGGGGCGACACCAGCCCGACCGCAGUCAGUCAGUCAGUCAGUCGUUGGGUGCUGAAGCUGACCGGAGCAUCACCGACAUCUCUCUCAUCUUUUUGAGGGGGGGUGGAUUUAUCCAUCUGGAUGCCACUUUGCUCCACGACCCGCCCUGCUUGUUGCUGAUGGAAACAGACAUCCGCAAAAAUGUGCGCGAAUGUGUUCGGAGUUUUGAAAAGCCUGUUUGGGAAGCCCUUUGAUGGUGGGAAGAGGAUGGACCAUGGCGGUCCACAGCAGCAGCAGCAACAUCCGAUGGAGCAGCAGCAGCAGCCGUAUCACCCGCAGCACCCUGCUAUGAUGCGGCUGUAUGAGGUCCAGAAGGAGGUGGCGUCUCUGGGGCCUCAGGUCUGCACCUUCAGCGGCAUGCAGAAUGAUCGAGAAUACAAACGUCUGGAGCGUGAGCUGACGCGGCUGCUGCUGGAGGUGGACCAGGUGGACACGGAGGGCAAACCGGAGCUGCAGGGGGCACGAAAGAGAGCAGCACAGGAGGUGGAGGGCCUCCUGCGCUACCUGGAGGAGAACGCCACACAUCCAUCCCGCUUGGCCAUCGAGGAGCUGAGCAAUGAGGCGCGGCAGCUGGUGGACGAACGCGUGGUGGCACCUCAACGAUCCGGUGGGGUGGCUGAAAUUAGCGACGAGCUGGUGGAUGCUCUCCAAGAGCUCAUUCUCAGGCUCACCCAAGUCAAGACCGAAGGGAGGGUGCCGCUCCGCAAGGCGCGCUAUCGGGCACUGACACGCCUGUGCGCUGUGCAGGACGUGAUCGAAGGGCGCACGCAGCAGCAGACGCUCUCCCUGCCGCUGUCGGGAGACACCCAUGAGGCCGUGAACCGCAUCAACCAGGUGAUGGUGAAGGUGAGCGUGGCGCGCAGUCAGCUGGUGGCUCUGCUGAUGGGCCUGAGCGGGAGGGACAGCUGCGCCCACCUAUCACGGAUCCUGACGGAGAUGCAGGUGGAGCUGGACGCACUGGAUGUUUCCGGAAACGCUGCGAUCAGAAACUACAGGAAACAGGUGGUGGAGGAGAUAAAUGGGCUGCUGAAACAUCUGGACCUGGAGGGGGAGGGAGACGACACACGCAGGUACGACCUGGCGCAGAACAACUCCAUCCGUGAAAUCGAGGCUGUGCGAGCUCACGUCUCCCACCUGCGAGAGGGCGUCCUGCGGCACUGCGUGAUGGGGGAUCUGAGCUUCAGGCCCAAAGCUGAGCUGCAGAGCCUCCUCACUCAUCUGGACCAGGUGGACACGGCCAAGAACCCGUGCAUCAGAGAGGCCCGCCGCCGUGCUGUGGUGGAGGUCCAAGCCAUUAUCACCUUCCUGGACCUCCGUGAGGCCCUGGCCCGCCGCCAGCCGGGCCCCAACGAGCACCCUUCGCACCGGGCCGUGUGGCUAGUCCUGGGGAGCCUCUCGGACCUCCAGGCCCAGGUGCUGGGCUUUGACGGCAAGCGGGUCGACAAGAGCUACAUGAUGCUGGAGGAGCUGCUGACCAAACAGCUGCUGACGCUGGACGCCGUGGACCCGCAGGGCGACGAGAUGACCAAGAUGGCGCGGAAGCAGGCGGUAAAGUUCGCCCAGAACAUUCUCAACUACCUGGACAUGAAGACAGACCAGUGGGAGUAUUGAUCCACUUUAAAAAAAAAAAAAGAAAGACAUCAGUGUGGUAGCCGUGUUGCCGGGCGGGGACACCGAUGUGACGUCGCUGCAGUAAAGGAGCUGAUAAUGUGUGUAAAUAAAAACCUGGUACGUUAUCAUUCCAUGGGCUGUAAAUAUAGACUCAAAUCCCCAGAAUGCACUGCAGCAGCGCUUUUCUUUCAUCUCUUUGUGGUAGUUGUGGCCGAUCCUGCUGAGAAGAACACAGAACUCCUUUUGUGAAACACACUUUGGAUUUUUUUUUUGUGCGUUUUGAACAUUUUCUUUUGAAAUCUCCCGUGUGUGUGUGUGUGUGUGUGUGUGUGUGUGUGUGUGUGAGUUGUCAUCUGUCGUCGUAUCAGGUGUGUGUGUGGUGGCUGAAGCCUGCUACCAAAGCACUACAUAAUGCCUGUUCUAGUGGUCGUAUCCUCCAGACUGCACUUGAUAUCGAUGAAGUGUGAUGGAUUGCUUCACAGUGGCUUCCCCCGUCUGGCCUGAUUAAUCUGAGUUGCCAAUAGAGACAGUCAAUGCAUGUGUUGAAUACAGUGACCCAAUUAGACAGAGUCGACCACGGCUACCAGCUCGGUCCAGAUUGUGAUACCUGUUGGUUUGGCGCCAAUUUUUGGGCGUCAAAAUGGCCAACUAUUCUGGAGCGUUUUUAUUUUAUUUUGCUGCAGUUUCGAAUUAAAAUCCGAUUCUUUCUGGCGGAGCAGAUGGCGUGAACAACUGUUAAAUGGGAUUUUUAAUCUGCACUUAAAUUAAGAUAGAUUUUUGGGCCAUUUCAGAGGCAGCAUCAAAAGGUGAAUCAUCAGAAGCAGAGCUGAGGCGUUCCCACAAACAUUGAGCUGGUGUAGACGCCAGGCAAUCUGUGUUUAAACAGCAGUUUGCAUUAUUGACAUAAGGUCACUCUCCACUCCUGCGUGACCCCGUUUAUCCCCUCUGUGUCUCUGGUAGCGCUCCAAACUCACACGACUGUCGUGGCAGCCGCCCUGAAAAUCCUGCAAACCACAGCUGUCGUUGGCAGGCGGUCAAAUGAGUAAAGAGACGCAGCUGAGAUACAGAUAAAGUAAGCAGGGAACUCAAAAUCUGUGAUGUUGUGAGGAAAAGACAGAAGUACCUUUCCACUCGCUGCUUGUGUAGCUCUUAGUCUGUAAUAUGUUUCAAAUGUUUGUUGUGACUCUGUACGAUCGCGCUAGGCUAUAAAUGGAUCAGGUUUUUAAAAUUCAGAGAUAGAAGAAGGAGAGGAGGCGAAAUUUUUUUUUGCUGCUGCUUUUUGUUUCUACCCACUGCUUUCUACUGAGUGGAGAAGUGCGACUGUGAGAGGUCCCCGGGGAGAGGAAGAGGAAGAGGAAGGGAGGUUGAGGCGCUGAUAUCCUCUGGAUUGACACAUCAAGGCUGAAGCUCACAGAGCCAACAGUCGGGUCCUGUGCGGUAGAGAGUAUUGAUGGUUAUCACAGUCGACACAGCCUUCUAGAAACUUCUCGAAGCUGCUGCUGCUGCUCGAGACGGUGGGAGGGGAGGGAGGGAAAGGACUGGAAGAGAAAGUCCAAAAUCUCUGUGCCUUUAUUUUCACCCUUCCCUGUGAGCUGGUUUGUGUAAAAGCAGCCUUGUAGUGUAAAAAGAAGCAAGCAGCUGCUCUUUUUUUGAUACGUAUCAACGCUGAAGCAUCGAAUGUGUUUACGGAGAGCACCUUGGCCGUUAUCGCCGCGAAAAAAAUUUGCACUAUUUGUCAGAAAUUGAAGCUCUUUCAAAUCAGUAUUUGUUCCCUGGUGAUGAAACACUAAAGGUGGAGGUGUUGUGGUUAAUAAUUUGUGGUAACACAGAAUGACAAUUCUACUUAACAGUAGGCAAUAAGAUGAGUCACAUUGUGCUUUCACACUGCAAACAGCCUCGCUGAUGGCGCCGAUCUUUGACUCCGAGUGCAAUUUGGCAACAGGAGCCGAAACACAAAUGACAAAACAAAAUUAUUAGCUGACUAAAUUACUUCACAGCUUCCUGCUGACCGCUGAGAAGUUAAUUGUGGAAGAGUUGGUUUUUCAGACAUUAAUUCCUGCAGAAGAUUUUGGAUUUUCAGAGCUCAUUCUUGACCCACCUCAUGUAGGAGCUGUUCUGGAGCUUUUAAUCAUCACAUCAUCAGCUGAGACACUUUAAUCCAGUUGACAUGGAAAUGUAAACAAUCAAAUUUAGAGUUUUCUUGAGCAUUUUGAGGAAUUUAAAGCAGCUAUAAUGAAUAUUUUUAUUUUAACAAUGGAUCAAAUGAUGUGUACGUAAAAGAGGUUGCUUAUAGUGAUGAACCAGCAGCAUUUCUCCUAGCUAUUUGGGAUCAGUAGGACCUAAUAGUAUAAAAAAACUAAACAUAUUAAUAAAGUCCCAGUGUCCGCAAACAGGACGAUAAUAAAUUCCCAGUGUCUUCAAAUGAGUACUUCCUUAUUAACAAUUUCUUGUUACUGUUGCUAACAUUGGUAAAAGUUGUUCAAACUACAAACAUUAUUAAUAAGAAAUGAACAAAUUUCAGUUAUAAAAUGUGAUCAAGUUUUGGUCCUUGUCCACUUUUGUGUCGGGGUCGGCUGCAUACCGACUUGGCAGAGAUGGCUGCCAUCUUGUUUUUACAUGGAUGACUGUAUUUUGCUUUUGCUACCACACGAUGAAACAAAUAAGUGUCCAUGAACGAGGACAACAGGUCUCAGUUAGGCAGAAUGAAGUAGAAGGUGCGGUAAACCCAAAAUGUGACGUCCUUAUGAGGACACAAGGUCCCAGGAGGAUAUGCACACUUAUGUUGUGAUUAUUUUACAUGGUUAAGACCAAAAGUUUGUUCAUUUAGUGGCUACAUUUUUUUUUUAGAUGUUUUCAGUUUGUGACUAAAUGGACCUGGUGGUAAAAUAGUUUUGACAAUGACUGUUUAAAAAGUCAAAAAUUAAACUUUCAAUCUCAAUUUUUAAGCCAACAUAAACAAGAAGUUCUUAAAGUGCUCAGAGAAAUCUGACAUUUGCAUGACAACUGCUGAUGAAGACACCUGAGGCCCAGUUUAAAAGAUCCAUAGCCCAUGAUUUAGGUGCAUUGCACAAGUGCAUUUAGGACAUCGAACUGUGCUUUUGCGAGUUAGACGGCAACAUAAUCUGGGCAUAAAGUGAGGUGAGGAGGUUGUGCGUAGUCCUUCAAGUUAUCAUAGGUGUGUGUAGGGCCAGUUGUGCUCUCAAACUUACCACUAUUUACAUGGUGGAUUCGGCAAAUUGGAGAAGCGAUUGGUUUUCUGCUCAGUAAUACAGUUAGAGCAGUGAUGUCACUGCAGCAAAUAUCAUGGGACGUUUAAACAGCAACGCUAAAACCUGUAUAAACGUGACCGAGGAAACAGAACUAAACUUUUAGUUUCUGAAGUAAACAAUUAACGCUGCUCCUCGUGCGUAAAUGCACACAGCUCUGAUCUCUUCAUAUUUUCCUCAUUGAUGAUGCAUUAUUUCAGCCUCCCGCAACCCAUCCACAUCCCUGUGUGAACCUGCCUAUGUAGGCGCAUGUUACUAUCUGAAUAAUGCGCUCUUAAAGUAGCAGGAAAACACUGUGACAUUCUGACUUUAGAUCAGUUUUUAUUUGGUCAAUGGUGCAAUAGUUUUCUGCUGCCUCAAAAUAGCAACAAACCAACAAUGCACCUGAACACAUCUCACUAUAAGACCUUCACGCCCAUUGACACACAGAUGUGUUCAAGUACAUCGCUACUUACACAACCUGGGUGCUGGCCAUGAAAAUGAAACUAGCAAUAACAGUUGCACUGUGCUGUGCACCACUUCUCGCCGGUUGAAAGAUUGAAAGCUCCAUAAUGCCUUUGUAGCAGACCUUGAGGUGAAGUGAAGAUUUGUUUGGCUGUAAAUAGUUUCUCAUUCUCAACCUGCUCCUGAAAUAAAAAUAUCUCAGUAGGGAAGGAGGGAACCUUUGGAUCUUAUCCGACUGUUGUCCCUGUGCUCUCAGCUCUGUGGGAAUUCUCCUCUGACUUGUCGACGCCGGUUGCUCGCAGUGUGAACGCAAACUAAAGAGUCAAACAUCAUAGUUUCCCUGCAACAAGUUACGCACAUGUGAUUAAAGCAACGAAGCUGAGGCAGAUCUUUGCUGCUCGACCCAGCUGUCCUUUGUACCACUGCUUUUUAAAAGAAAACACAAAAACAUGUUCCAGUGAACUCCCACAGACCCUUUUCAUGUGCAUUAAGCUGCCAUUGGAAGCAUUUCAGACACAAAGCCUGCCGCUCGGCCUCCUGGGUAUGGCGCUGACUCAUACAGGAGAAGAUUAGAUUAAACAGUGUUCAUUAAACAUGGUCGGCCUGCCUGGCUGUUGUUGCAACAGAUGCUUUCUCACAGCGAACCUUAUGCUCUCUCAGACCAAACCAGCCCGGACACACCUUAAGUUCACAUGCUCUUUUUUGAAUGCAGUAAUAUAUUAUUAUAUAAAUGUAUAUUUCGUCCUCGCAUUCCUGUACAUGACUUCCUUUUUAAGCAUUCAUUUGAAUAAUUUAUCAAAGGUUUUACACUGUGUAAAGAAAUGUUACUUUUUCUGUCUUGUCAUCAGAGUGUCUCGAGCCCCCCCCCCCUUUUUUUUUUUAAAUCAAUAUUCAGUGUUAGUGGCACCUCUGU